GUUUUGAUAAGACUCACGGAGAUUCAAUGUUUCUCAAGUUUUCAACCAGUAAAGAUGCAGAGAAUAGUGUUCUGGAUGUGGAUCCUCGUCAUAUCUCGCACAUCUGCGCAGCAGAUGAAAUGUGUUUCAGAAUCUAAGUAUUACAUUCCCAACUUCACGGCUAAUUGGUUCAAAGCGACCGAGUACUGCAAAUAUCUUGGAAUGCGACUGGCCGAGAUUACCACAUCCGAGGAACAAGCGAAGCUGGCUUUUUUCAUACAGGCAUCAGAUAAAUAUAAUGCAACAGCCACUCAAAUUUGGAUUGGAGGCAAUGAUCUUGCUGAGGAGGGAAACUUCUAUUGGCACGACACUGGCCUUGGGCUAGGCUAUACCUUUUGGGGCGAAGGUAAUCCCGACAAUUCGGGCGAUGAUGAAAAUUGCGUAGAAAUCCGAUAUGUUCCUCCAGGGUGGGCUUGGCAUUGGAACGAUCGAACCUGCUACGCGGAGCGUUUCUUUGCAUGCGAGAACACGGAACAAGGUAGAGGGAUUCUAAUUCUCUGAAGGUGGCCGUGAUGGAAACGUAAAGUGAAAAUAUUUGAUCAUUUGUAUGUAAUAUAGAUAUCUCAUUGUUCGACCAAUGUCAUUUUGAUUUUUAAGUUUAAAUGGCUCAUACUAAUAUUAAUAUAAGCGAAAAUUAAGAUGAAUAACAAAUAACAAUCAAACAUAAAUAAAUAUAAAUUGCUCUUA